AAUUGUGCGCAGAGGCAAAUGUUUUAUGAACAAAAGUGUACGUGAUGUUACGUUGGCUUCUGUUAACUCUAGGUUUUUAUAUAACUAAUGGUCACUAUGAUCCACAACAAGUUGGUAAUACUAAUGGAUCGGAACACGAAACACGGCGGAUCUUGAAUGGAAAGGAAAUUUCUGACACCAGACCUUACAUGGUAUACCUCCGGCCUGCCAAGGUGACCCCGGCCUUGGACCCCAACUGGCUCUGCGGCGGGGUGAUUGUCCACCCCCGCUACAUCCUGACGUCUGCCGCCUGCAUUGAGGAUGUCACUCACUUUUACAUAGUGUCCGGAACCCACAGAUGGAUACCGCCAAAGGAGACCAACGAAUGUAUUAAGCAGGGCGCCAUUAAAGCAAUUUGGAAAUGUGUUCCAAAAACCUACCGAUUCGACGGAACCCAGUUCAACAACAUCCGUUGGAUGUCAAACGACAUAGCGGUCGUCAUGACGGCGGAACCGAUCAACUUCAAGAAGCGCGUGAAGGGCUGCGAUUUCAUCCCGCAAAUGAUCACGUUUAACAACGUGAGCGACGAAUACGAGGCUCCAGAAACCUCAGCUUCUGUCGCAGGAUGGGGUUCUACGGAAUCCUUUACAGACCCCGCCGACGCCAUUGAUUUCGGUGACUCCACUGAGGCCCCCCGCCCCCUGCCCGGCGGUGGCGACACCGGGGCGGAUAUUACCCGCUCUAUCAACUCAGUCCAGCUCAUGGAAGCCGACGUGGAAAUAUUACCAAAAAACAGCUGUAAAAGCCUCUGGCUGCCGCGGUACCACGAGAUUAUCGACAAUUACAUGAUCUGUGGAAAGAGCAUCUAUUACGACGAGAUGCAUCAGGAAUGUGAGGAAAACCAAAUGGAGUGUAGAGAGUUGGUAUAUACGCCGGAGGAUGGCGGUACUGUCCGGAGACAUCAAGGCAAAACAUUCGAAAAGCUAGUGUUACAAUCGUUAAAGAGGAUGAAGAUUUUGAGACGAGCGAGGCAAAAAUCACUGAGAAGAGAAGGAAAAGACGUUGGAGGGUUUUGUGAGAACGAUCACGGAGGCCCGCUGAUCACGGGCAAGGGCAAGACCUCAAUGGUGAUCGGCAUCAUAUCCGCCUACAGGACCCUGAACAGCUCCAAGCGCUGCGUGGGCCCGUUCCUGUACACCAGCGUGUUCAACAACAGGAACCUCAUCAACUGUGCUAUUAAUAGGCAGAUGGGAAAACUAUGUAGGACUGUAUUAAGAGAUUCCAGUACGGUGCUAGACCAAGAACAUAUUAAUUGGGGUGACAAGUACAAGGACGACAGGUAUUUUUUUUAUAAAAAGCAUCACAGCAAGAGCAAAACACGAAAAUCCAACGACACAAGAUCUGCUCAUCGCCUGGCCGCUGUUAAACUAGUACAAAAUGACCGUCAAAACCGUCAAAACGUAAAGGAAAAUAAGUCAGAAGCGUUUCUCUUCGGCCAGGGGGCGCUUGCGUACAAUAAGAUCAGACGCCAAGUCCCGCCGCGGAAACGCAGCGGUCGCGGGCGCUUGGGUCGCCGCGGUAGCGCGGGUGUGAAGAGCGUUGGCAAGCUUGGCAAUCAUAGUUCCAACGCGCUGAAGAGAAAAAAAAAUCUUAAAUCGAGGAAUUAGGUACGGUAGUAAUCGCGCAGUGAAUA